GGCAUCCCCAACCCAAGAAACAGCUGUAAAUAUUUUUUUACUAUAAAGUGGGUGUGCAACAGUUCCCUGAGAGUAAGAGAAAAAUGAAAUGCUCGCCAUGUUGGAUAAAUUAUGCAUUGUAAAUAAGGAAAAUCCUUUGUAAAAAUCAUGCAACAUGGCGGUUGUACUUGCACACCAAGAAUUAGCACCGCAUCCUUUGCAAUCGGGUCUGGUUCAGUGGUCUGGUUAUACGACCUUCUUCGGUCAUUAUGUUUUAUAAUUUAUUAUAUAUAUCUAUGGUUUUAAUCCUAAAGAUAACAUGUAUUAUGAAAUGUUACACAAAAUAGUAAGAAUACGAAAAUGAUCUUCAUUGGCCUAACUGGAUUUUAUAUAAUUCUGACGAUGAACAAAGAAAUAAAUAUUUGCACACCAUGUACCCGGAAAUAAUUUUAAAAGAGUAAAAUUAGCUGGCUUAUUCAAGAAAUGUGUUAAGUCUCACACCGUUCAGUAAGACAGAAUACAAGAUGGCAAAGUUUGGCUUCCUUUCAUUUGUUUUGUUCUGGUGGAUUUCAACAUGUCAAGGAGUAAUUCUAUCACCUCCCCCUGGCACAAGUUUUACAUUUCUACCUGGAGAAACACACAAUAUAACAUGGACAUUUGAUGAUGAUUUAAAUGCUUUGGUCAGAAGAGAUUGGUCUUUUACUGGUAGUAAUGGUUCACAAUCAACACUGUUGGCCACUCUCACUCUGGAUUUGCCAUUGGUAAAUUUUAAUGAUCCAAUUCUUCCAAAUUAUGACGUCUACAAACCUUCAACGCUGCGAUUAAGAAAUAUUACUCAUAGUUAUGAUGGAACGUAUGAGUUUCAAUUAACAAGAAGGGGCAGUGCGUUAUCUCCUUUUAUAUCUAAAGUCAGAGUUUUCGUUGCAAGAAGAAUUUUAUCACCUCCUCCUGGCACAAGUUUUACAUUUUUACCUGGAGAAACACACAAUAUAACCUGGAGAUUUGAUGACGAUUUAAAUGAUUUGGUCAGAAGAGAUUGGUCUUUUACUGGUAGUAAUGGUUCACAAUCAACACUGUUGGCCACUGUCUCUCUGGAUUUGCCAUUGGUAAAUUUUAAUGAUCCGAUUCUUCCAAAUUAUGACGUCUACAAACCUUCAACGGUGCGAUUAAGAAAUAUCACUCAUAGUUAUGAUGGAACGUAUGAGUUUCAAUUAACAAGAAGGGGCAGUGCGUCAUCUUUUAUAUCUAAAGUCAGAGUUUUCGUUGCAAUAAAACCUACAGUGGUGAUUAAUUGUUCAACUCCUCUGGUUGUGAGUAAAGGUGAUAAUGUGUCAUGUGUAUGUAGAGGUGAAGGAGGUAACCCUCCUGCUAAAGUUACAUGGUUUGAUAGAAAUAACGGAACAGGUCUUGAAUUUGGAGUUAAAAGUGCGACUUUAGUAAUCACUGGUGCCUCACCAAAUGAUCGUGGAAGUUACAGAUGUAAAGCUGAAAGUUUUAAUGAUCCACGUUUCAUUGACGAAAAAUCCAUUGAAAUAAAAGUGAAUUAUCAACCAAGAAAUACGACCAUAACCCUAUCAAAAAUAAAUCCAAAAAUUGGUGAAAGUGUGAUUAUAACCUGCGUAUCAGAUGGUUAUCCUGAACCAACCUACACCAUUUAUCAUAAUGAUGCUGUUGUCAGUAAUAAUAAGACAUACAUCAUUCAUCCCAUCAACUUCAAUCACGCUGGUUCAUAUCGUUGUGAAGCAAAAAAUAAACUGGGAAAUGAUUUAUCUCAUCUUCAAAAUCUCACUGUCAUCAAAGUAUUGGAGUUAUCCAGUUCCAUCAGUCGAUCAAGGCCAUUUUUACUUCAACGUCAACUUCUAUUAACAACAAUCUCAAAGGUAUCUUUAAUAAAAGAAGUUAUAAUUUUCUAGGUACUCCCACGAGUUAAUAGUGGAUUGGACACAUGCAGUUUAUUGCUAAACUUUUUAUUCCUCCUCAUUUAAAUUCUCCCUAUUUUUCGUCCUAUUUAAACUUUUGAGGCUAUGUUUAUACAUAUUAUACUCUUUACAUCAUAGUCAUCCCCUUCUCAACUGGCUUUAUAGUCAUUCUAAAAAGCUUCUUUUUCUUUUAGGUAACUUAACUUCUACUUCAAGAAACAUUGAUAACUG